CAUGCUCUUCUGCCCUUUUUUAUUUUUCAUUUAAUUGAUCUGCUUCGCUACUAGUUAGUGUUUUUUGUUUUUGUUUGUUUCCUAGGAAUUUGAUUUUUCAUAGACAAAAUUUUCAUAGCUCUAGCAAAUAAAAAUCCCAUAUCAAAAUAUUAGACAAGAGAAAAAACGAAAAUCCAAUCAAUCAAAUUCUUCGGCUAGGGUUUGCUUUUAAAUUCACUGUAAAGAAACCGAUAUAAGGUUCUCGCAUGAACACUAGUUGUGAAAUUCAUAACUCUAUUUCUCCUUUUUUAUUCAGAGUGUUCCUCAUUUUCCUUUUCGUUAAGAGCUUGGUAGUGGGCCUAUUUUUGUAAGUAAGAUAUACUUCUGUUUGCUUGUUCGAUUUGUUGAGGUUUUGAUCGAGGCGUUGUUGUUAGGUCCUCAUUGUAUUUAUUGAAUUUGAGAAAUGGACAAGAAGAAAUUGGCUGUGCCGCUAGUGUGCCAUGGGCAUUCACGCCCUGUCGUCGAUUUGUUUUACAGCCCGGUAACCCCAGAUGGGUUCUUCCUUAUUAGUGCUAGCAAGGAUUCUAGUCCAAUGUUGAGAAAUGGGGAGACUGGGGAUUGGAUUGGAACCUUUGAAGGGCAUAAGGGUGCUGUAUGGAGUUGCUGCCUUGAUACAAAUGCUUUGCGAGCUGCAUCUGCUUCUGCAGAUUUCACGGCGAAAUUGUGGGACGCAUUAACUGGUGAUGAAUUGCAUUCUUUUGAACACAAGCAUAUUGUUCGGGCAUGUGCAUUUUCAGAGGACACGCACCUACUACUCACUGGUGGACUUGAGAAAGUUCUCCGUGUAUUUGAUUUAAAUCGUCCAGAUGCACCUCCCAGAGAAGUUGACAAGUCUCCUGGUUCAGUCAGAACUGCUGCCUGGCUUCACAGUGAUCAGACAAUAUUAAGUUCCUGUACUGAUAUUGGUGGCGUAAGGUUAUGGGAUGUAAGAAGUGGCAAAAUUGUUCAAACACUAGAGACCAAGUCACCUGUAACCAGCGCUGAAGUGAGCCAGGAUGGACGCUAUAUAAUCACUGCUGAUGGAUCUACUGUUAAGUUUUGGGAUGCAAAUCACUUUGGAUUGGUGAAGAGCUACAAUAUGCCCUGCAAUGUUGAAUCAGCUUCAUUAGAACCAAAGCUUGGGAAUAAGUUCAUUGCUGGGGGAGAAGAUAUGUGGGUCCAUGUGUUUGAUUUUCACACUGGCGAGGAGAUUGGAUGCAACAAAGGUCACCACGGUCCUGUCCAUUGUUUGAGGUUUUCACCUGGAGGGGAAUCAUAUGCUUCAGGGUCUGAAGACGGUACCAUCAGAAUAUGGCAACUUAGUCCUGCAAAUCACGAAGAGCAUGACUCACAUCCGGGGAAUGGGCCAACUGGGAAAGUAAAGCUUGUAGCUGAUGAAGUUGUUCGGAAGAUAGAGGGAUUUCAUAUCAACAAGGAAGGGAAGAACGGAGAGAAGGACAAGGCAACAGAUGCCUGACAUAGCCUUAUGUCUCUCAACUGAAAAAGAGUUUGCUUCUUGGUUCAUUACAGGUCUUUUGGGUGGGACAUCCUUUGGAUUUUUGUGUGAAAACAAAAUGGACUCUUUGUUCUUAUUUCUAUUAGGUUCUGUUUAUUUACCUGAAAAUUAAAUUUGAUAA